AGGUAUGCGCUAAGCAAUGGCAGACAAGGAAGAAACAUCUGGAGGAGAGCAAGAUGACAUCUCGUUCCUGAGAACGGGAGACAUCGUGUGCCUCUCAUGUAUAGCGUCCCAUAAUCGAGAUGGCGUGCUCGGAUCCGAACGAGUAUGCUUGUGCACAGAAGGUUUUGGAAACCGAAUGUGCACACUGGAAAAUGUGUCCGAUAGGGACAUUCCACCUGAUAUAGCCAUAUGUAUGCUCUACAUUGAUAAUGCGUUAUCCAUGAGAGCACUCCAAGAAAUGAUGUCUGCCGACUCGGAACAUAAAUCUGCCUCUGGCGCUGGCGGACAUAAAACUCUGCUUUAUGGUCAUGCUGUUCAGUUGAAACAUGUGCAGAGUGAAAUGUAUCUUGCCUGCCUCUCAUCGUGUUCGUCGAACGACAAAUUGGCAUUUGACGUAGGUGUACAAGAAACGAACGAAGGAGAAGCAUGUUGGUGGACGAUUCACCCUGCGUCCAAGCAACGAUCGGAAGGAGAAAAAGUCCGCGUAGGCGAUGAUGUCAUCCUUGUCAGCGUUGCCACCGAGCGCUAUUUGCACAUGGCCUACAGUAAGGGAUAUAUGGUCAUUGCGUCGUUCCAUCAAACUUUGUGGAAUAUUCAGAGUGUGAGCUCAGGAAGUGUACGCACGAGGAAUAUGGGUUAUGUUUUCGGAAAUGACGUGAUGCGACUUUUUCACGGCAACGAUGAAUGUUUGACAAUCCCGGAAAACUGGAGUGAACACCCACAACACAACAUGGUUAUCUAUGAAGGGGGUGCAGCUGUGAAUCAGGCCAGAUCCCUAUGGCGAAUCGAGUUGAUUCGAAUGAAAUGGCACGGUGCAAUGGUUGGAUGGGAGCAAUUGUUUAGAAUUAAACAUAUCACAAGUGGACGGUACCUUGGAGUUCUAGAAAACGCUGUCCAACUAUAUCACAAAGACAAAGCUGAUUUUGAUCUUACCGCCUUUGUCAUGUGCCAAAACAAGGAUCCCAAAAAGCAAAUGUUGGAGGAAAAAGAAGAAGAGGGCAUGGGCACACCGUCGAUCCAAUACGGUGAAACCAAUGCGUUCUUACAGCACGUAAAGACCCAGCUAUGGAUGUCAUAUCAGACAUCUGAAGUGACCAAGAAAGGAUUGGGAAAGGUAGAAGAGAAGAAAGCCGUGGCUCUGAAGGACGGUCAUAUGGACGACUGCUACACGUUCUUUAUGGCCCUAGAAGAGGAGUCGAAAUCAGCUCGAGUUAUCAGAAAAUGUUCCAGCGUAUUGAAUCGUUUCUUGAAAGGUAUUGAUGCUCUUCAAAAUGAGGGACAACAAGCGCAGGACUGGGCAAGAGUUGAUCUUAAUGAGGUGUUGAAGCUUAUGGAAGAUCUGAUUGAAUACUUCUCACAACCUGAGGAUGAGCAAGAUUUCGAAGAGAAGCAAAACCGUUUGCGAGCCCUACGAUCAAGGCAAGAUCUGUUCCAAGAGGAAGGAGUGCUUAAUAUGAUUCUUGACACCAUCGACAAAUUCUCGCAAAUGGAAGCACUACCAGAUUUUGCCGGCCUUAUCGGAGAGGAGACUCAUGAAAUGUGGGAAGAAAUUGCGACCUAUCUGUACCUAUUGGUAGCAGCCAUGAUCAAAGGAAACCACUAUAAUUGCGCACAGUUCGCUGCAGCGCAAAGAUUGGACUGGCUUUUCGGACGUUUGAGUAACCCGCAGUCAGCUGAAGGAAUCCUGGAUGUUUUGUACUGUGUGUUGACCGAAUCUCCAGAAGCCUUGAAUAUGAUUAACGAAGGGCAUAUUCGUUCUGUGAUAUCACUUUUGGAGAAAGUUGGACGAGAUCCAAAGGUCUUGGAUGUGUUGUCAUCAUUAUGCGAAGGAAAUGGUAUGGCUGUCAGGAGCAGUCAAAAUCUUAUUACCGAAUAUCUGCUACCUGGAAAAGAUCUCUUACUACAAACAGCCAUGCGGGAUCACGUUAGCAGCAUGAUGCCAAAUGUACUGGUUGGCGUAGUGGAAGGAUCAGCACUCUUCCGACGAUGGUAUUUUGAAGCUGAAGUUGAACAUAUCGAGAAAAUGACCAAGGAGGACCCGUAUCUGCGAAUAGGCUGGGCCAAUAGCAGUGGCUUCAAACCUUUCCCAGGAUCUGGUGAUAAAUGGGGCUGCAACGGCAUUGGCGAUGACUUUUACUCAUACGGUUUUGACGGACAACAGGUAUUUUUUGCUGGAAAGGGACGAGUAGUCCACCCGCGAAAAUUAGAGAAAGGCGACGUAGUUGGAUGUGCAUUAGAUCUGAAUGUACCGGAGAUUAGAUUCACCGUUAACGGACGUGAUAUCGGUGCAAGCUUCAGAAAUUUCAAUAUCGACGGGUAUUUCUUCCCUGUGAUGUCUUUGAGUGCCAAAGUGAGACUUCUCAAAGCUAUUGCUCUUUCUUACAGCUGUCGCUUUAUAUUCGGAGGUGAUCAGGGUCGACUCCGAUUUGGACCACCUGGCGGAUUUUCGGCUGUAGUGGAAGCAGUAAGCGGAGAGCUCCAGAUUUCUGAUUGCCUAUCAUUUGGUGAACUACCAAAGAAUAUCUAUUGCGGUCCACAUACAAUAUUUUCGAGUAUUGAGCCUUUUGUACCACAGCCAGUGGAUAUCAGCAAUACCGUGCUAAGUCACCAUGCAAACGAGAUUCAUCCGAAGUUUGCUGAAAAUCUACAUGAACUAUGGGCUAUGAGGAAAAUAGAGCUUGGCUGGAGCUAUGGCGAGACUCGUUCCGAAGCACAACGAAAGCAUCCAUGCCUGACUUCGUUCGAUAAUCUGCCGCAGACUGAAAAGCAGUACAAUAUCAAUCUGGCACUGGAUACCAUGAAAACAAUCGAAGCUUUGGGUUAUCAUCUGAUCACCGACGACCCUCCGACGAGGCUUAGACCAGUGAGACUGGCACAGAACUUCGUGCAGUCGAACGGCUACAAGCCUCAGCCUUUGGAUACACAUGAGAUCACACUACCUGACGAACUGAAUCCGCUGAUAGAGGCUUUGGCCAAGAACACCCACAAUGUAUGGGCGAGAGAGAAAAUCAAGAGAGGAUGGACAUUUGGCCUAAAUGAAUUUGUCGACUCAACCCAGAAGCGGUCACCACACCUUGUUCCAUAUGAAGAAGUUGACAACAGGAUCAAGGAAGCGAAUAGGGAAUCGGCGGCUGAAAACCUACGAGCCUUGCAAUUAUUCGGUAUAUUUGUCGAACCACCAGCGCAUGAACAUGAUGAAUAUGCCGAAAAAGAGAUGCAUGCCCGUAAGGAUAUAACACGAACGUAUCGAGCAGAGGCCACAUAUGCUGUCACCACAGGAAAAUGGUACUUUGAGUUCGAUGUCCUGACAGCUGGCUUCAUGAAAAUUGGUUGGAUGGAUGUUGGUGCCUCACCGGAUAUCCAGCUUGGCAAUGAUGAUCGAGCAUAUGCAUUUGACGGGUAUUUGGGCCGGAAGUGGCAUCAAGGAGCUGAGAGCUACGGGAAGGAAUGGAAGAUCGGUGACGUUGUCGGCUGCUUCCUGGAUUUGAAUGACCGGACAAUUAGUUUCUCUCUAAAUGGAGAACUUCUUUUGGAUCCGUCCGGGUCCGAGAUGGCAUUCGACAACGUCAUGUGUGGAGACGGUUUGGUGCCAGCUAUGUCCUUAGGAAGUGGUCAAAGAGGACGAUUGAACUUUGGUCAACAAAGCAAUUCCUUGAAAUUCUUCACCACAUGUGGUCUACAAGAAGGAUACGAGCCUUUCUGCGUAAAUAUGUAUCGCUCAAUGCCGAUGUGGUUUGCAAAGCAACAAGCUCGCUUCGAAGAUAUCAGUCCCACUUCUCAACUGGACAUUUCAAGGAUCCCGGCAACUGGCAAUAGCCCACCUUGUCUGAAGCUUACGCAAAAGGCAACUCUCACCGAAGGUGGACCAUCUGAGAAAGCUACCAUGGAGUAUAUUCGUCUUUCACUGCCUGUUAAAUGCAACGAAACCUUCGUUAGAAACAACUCGUCAGAGGACGAUUCGCUAGACUAUUGGAGGGACAAAGAGGCGAUAAGAAAAACACUAACCGAUUACAAACCACCGCGAAGUAUGUCCAUGUCUGCAGCGGGUAUUCAAACACCACAAAUACCGCGGGAGUUCCAGGAUACCAAAGAUCGAAAGAAGUCGUUCAUCGGCACAAUGCUUGGGUUGAAGGACUCACGUGAGUCUGACGAAUCGAGUCGGUCGAAACAAGCUUCGUUCGAAAAUGAUACAGAUCAUGAGCCGCUAGCUCUGAGUCAACGACGUAGAAUACUCACGCUGAUGAACUACGGACUAUAUUCGUUCGAUGAAUCCGUUCUGACAUGGCUGCGUAUGGAAGGCGAAGAGCGGGACUCGUGGUUGGAUGCGAUCAGGGGCUCAUUGAAUGAAUUACCACAAGAGGAUCGUGUCGCAGCUGAGGAACGUCUGAAGGAAAUGGCAGAUCGCGAAAAACCGCAGAAAAAAGGUGGACUGUUGAGCCGACUCCGAGACACCAGUCAUUCAAGGAGAAAUAAAGACAAGGGAAAAGACGACAAAAAAUUGGGAAACCAGAAAAAUAAUUGGCGGUCAUUCGACACAACAAGUGUGGAUGCCUCUGACACGGGCGCUACUGCCCCUACAGCUGGUGUAUCAGAAAUGCCAUCAUCUGGACCUGGACGUCAGCCAACAAUUCGCAGAUCUUCCUUGAAACCUACCAAAAAGAAGAAGAAGGAUACCUCAGUAACCAUGGAGAAGCGCGGUUCUCAAGUGCCUAUCGAACUUCCUAUGGAAAUCCAGCACGAGCAUGACGCACAAGCUUUGCUUGAUAACGCUGAACAGGUCGAUGAGUACUACUAUGGAAUUCGCAUCUUUCCUGGACAAGAUCCAAGCCAAGUAUGGGUCGGUUGGGUAACAACACAGUAUCACUAUUAUUCGCCCACCUUCAAGCCUGAAAACGUUGAGAGGAGGUGUUUGUAUGUGGAAAACAUGGAAAGCGUUGAAUUCCGUAACUGUUACAUGAUGAAUGCUGCAGAGUUACUAUCACAUGUGAAUGAUGCAACAAAUACCAAGGUAUCUGGUACCCUAAUUGGUUGUAUUAUUGACACAUCAGUUGGAGAGCUCACCUUCCAAGCUUCGGGGCAAGAUACCGGCGUCAAAUUUAUGCUGGAACCUGGCGCUAUGCUAUUCCCAGCCGCCUUCUUCACUCCGACAGCCACUGAAAUUCUGCAGUUUGAGUUGGGGAGAGUUAAGUAUACCUUCCCAAUCUCGGCUGCAAUGUUCAAGUCCUGCCACAAAUCGCUGGUGCCAUUCUGUCCACCACGGCUUACUGUGGAAUCCUUGGAUCCCGUGCAUUGGGCUCGAGUGCCUAACGAGACCCUAAGGACUACAGCGUUGAAACUGAGCGAUAUAAGAGGAUGGUCAGUCCUUUGCGAUGACCCAGUAAGAAUUAUGGCUGUCUAUGUCCCAGAAAAGGAUAUAUCAUUUGACAUACUCGAGAUGAUUGAAAAACCGACAUACCUGGACUUCCAUCGGCAAACAUUGAAUCUUUACUGUAAACUAGCGAGCCAUGGCAAUCAGAAGGUGGCUCAUAUCCUCUGCGGUCAUGUAGAUGAGGAUCAAAUUAUGUAUGCUGUCAAAAGUCAUUACUUAUCGGGACCCAUGCGACAGGGUUUUCACGACCUUCUUAUUGCUCUCCAUCUUGAUUCCCAUGCCACAGCUCGUCAGUCGAUGAGAAGAGAAUAUGUGAUUCCGCUAUGUGAACAGCUACACAAUGAAAACGUCUUCGAUCCGGAUACUGAGACCAGAUUCCCUCAAAUCAUGGGUGAAACAUAUUCCAUGCUUCCGGUAAUGGUUGCAGAACCUGUAAAAUCAAGCUUUACUCGAGAAGAGGAAAUGAAGCUGCUGCCACCCGCAAUCAACUUUGACGCUCUAAAAGCACAUGUCAUGACCGCUAUGGAAACUGCUACUAAACACGCUGUGAUGAACUGUCGUGACCUCAUUGGUGGCGACGACCGCAAUCAUUUUGAGCCACUUCUGAAGCUUUUUGACUCUUUGCUCGUCAUUGGUCUAAUAGAUGAUCCCGAACUGGAAGCGAUCUUGAAGCUCAUACAUCCGGCUGCAUUUGACCCGACUUAUGAGCCAGGUACCACCAAUAAGGGUUUAACUGAGAUCGAAUUGUCCGAGCCUGUGAAGGUUCAGCUUGUUAAUAUCAUUGAUCACCUCUGUGAUAUACAGCUUCGACAUCGCAUCGAGUCCCUGAUAGGCUUUUCUGAAGGAUUUGUUGCAGAAUUACAGCAAGAUCAGUGCAAACGUUACAUGGAUAUCAAACAAACGGAUAUGCCACCGGCUGAGGCUGCCAAAAGAACUAAAGAGUUCCGUUGUCCACCGAAAGAACAGAUGUUCCGCCUGCUACAAUGCAAAGUCGUAAAAGACGAAGAGGCCGAUAUUCUAGAGGAUGAUGUGGAGUACGAUCAAUGCCCAAUGGCUGAGAAUUUGCAGGAGCAAUUACGAGAUUUCUGCGCGCUGCUUGUUGCAAAGAUCGGAAAUACGGAUGAAGUAGAAGACGAUGAGCGGCAAAGUCUCAUUGAGGCAGAAGAUGGCUCAUGGGUUGACUCGUUAGCCCGUCUGGUGGUAGCCGUUCCACCUCCUCCACCUCCAGACGAGAAAGUCCUGGCAACAAAGAAAGGGACUAGAAAUUUCAGAGACAUGGUGGUUAAUAUGCUUCGAGACUGGGCAUUAGGAGCCUUUAUCGAAAGCAAUGAACUGAUUCGUAAAAUGUUUCACCUGUUGUUGAGGCAGUACUCCGGAAUCCGAGAAUUGCAAGAAGCCAUGGAACAGACAUAUGUCUUGCAUGAGCGGAAUAACCUGGAUGUGCAAGACUUCAUCAUCUACCUGAUCCAGAUACGAGAAUUGCUUACUGUCCAGUUCGAACACACUGAAGAAGCAAUUCUGAAGAGAGGACUAUGGAAGCUAAUGAACAAUCGUAUUUUCUUCCAACAUCCCGAUCUCAUGCGUUUGCUAUCAGUCCAUGAGAAUGUGAUGUCUAUAAUGAUGAACAUCUUGACAGCUCAACAAGGCGCUGUCGAACAUGAAGGAGAAGAGCUUAAAGAGAAAGCACCUGUCAAGGACUCUUCCGAAAUGGUGGUUGCAUGCUCCAGAUUCCUUUGCUACUUCUGCCGCACAUCAAGGCAGAAUCAAAAAGCAAUGUUUGAGCAUCUCUCCUUCCUCUUAGACAAUGCCACUAUGCUCCUGGCUAGGCCAAGUCUGAGAGGCUCAGUUCCUCUUGAUGUAGCUUAUUCAUCCUUCAUGGACAAUAAUGAAUUGGCUCUGGCACUGAAAGAGGAAGAGUUGGACAAAGUAGCCGUAUACUUAUCGAGAUGCGGACUUCAACCAAACUCCGAGUUGACUGCUAAGGGUUACCCAGACUUGGGAUGGGAUCCAGUCGAAGGAGAAAGAUACAUUGACUUCCUUCGCUUCUGCGUCUGGAUAAACGGCGAAAACGUCGAAGAAAAUGCUAACCUUGUAAUUCGACUGCUAAUUAGACGCCCCGAAUGCCUUGGUGUUGCGCUGAAAGGCGAGGGUCAGGGACUGUUUGCUGCUUUUAAGGAAGCCAUCGCACUUUCCGAAGACAUUCGUCUUCUAGAGGAAGAGGGAGAGAACGCUACGAUGUUCAAAAGUGGACUGCUAGGAGAAUCACCAUCCUACCCCUCAAAAGAGGCAGAGGGUGAAGAUUACCUCGAUUUUGGAGCUGCAACCCUUGAUUUCUAUUCUUCCUUGGUGGAUCUGUUGGCAAAAUGCGCACCUGAUCCAAUGGCCAUCCAGGCCGGAAAAGGCGAUUCACUCCGAGCGCGAGCCAUCUUGAGAUCUCUGAUUUCUCUCGAUGACCUGGGACAAAUUCUGAGUCUCAGAUUCACCAUACCAAAUCUCGCGUUGCCAACGACUGAUGUUCGCCGUCGAUCAUUCGCUAACUCUCAUCAGCAUAACGUUGGGAUAACCCAUUCCUUCGCUCAUGUCGUGGCUUCGCAUUCCGCGAAUCGCGAUCGCCAGCAGUUGCUACAGAAUUCGACGUCGACUUACUAUGGGCGGCUGUCGCAGCUUCGUGAAGAGGAAUCGGACACCGAGUCAGAUUAUGGAUCAGUGAAAAGCUCGCUGGAUGAGCUGGAGUCGAAAAGCAGCGAUCGAGCAACGAUGCCCAUCGGGGCGACAGCGUCAUUGGAGAGAUCUGGCAGCAAAAGGAGCAAAUGCAGUGAUAUGGAGUAUAAUGGCCCAUUACCUGGAUUGUUGCCAAAUCACAAAGGAUCCGUGCUCUUAUUCCUGGAUCGAGUAUACGGUAUCGACUCGCAAGAUAUGCUGUUCCAUUUCCUAGAACAGAGCUUUUUACCUGAUCUCCGUGCUGCGACAAUGAUGGACUCGCCGAGAGCACUUGAAUCUGACACAGCGUUGGCCCUAAAUCGUUACCUUUGCAAUGCUGUUCUUCCUUUGCUGACUAACCAUUCCCACUUCUUCGCCGAUGCCGAACAUUAUGCGGCUCUGCUGGAUGCGACUGUCCAUACUGUAUAUCGCAUGAAUCGUUUGAAGUCUUUGACGAAGAACCAACGAGAAGCUGUCUCUGACUUCUUAGUGGCGAUUACUAGAGAGAUUCCACCAGGAAUGAUGGUCAAGCUGCUUAGAAAAGUCAUCGUGGAUAUCCAACAAAUCAGCGACAUGACUAUUCUGGUGCCAUUGAGGCUGAUAACGCUGCACUAUGAACGUUGCGGAAAGUACUAUGGUAAUGGAAAUCAGUACGGUGUAGCUACUGAGGUUGAGAAGCGCUUGUCUAUGUUGUUGUUCUAUGCAAUCUUUGACUCUUUGGGUAGCCGACCGUACGACCCGGAUUUGUUCGGAAAGGCGCUACCAUGUUUGACCGCUAUCGGAUCAGCUAUCUCGCCCGAUUAUACUUUGACUGUGGGUGUGGAGGAAGCGGCAAGACUAAAGGAUCCUAUGGACGACGGAGCCUGGAUACCAAAGACGGUAGACAUCUCGCGCAUCGACCUUCCAAGAGAUCUACAAGUAAUGACUGACGCUUUCGCUGAACAUUUCCAUGAUUCGUGGGCCACAAGGAAGCUUGAAAAAGGCUGGACUCAUGGAGAUUUCUACUCUCGACAGCAACUCACACAUCCACGUCUCAAGCCUUUUGGAAUGCUGAAAGAUUUUGAGAAAGCCUUCUACAAGGAGCGUUGCUCGGAGUGUCUGAAAGCUCUUGUAGCCUGGGGUUAUGGAUUCGAGUUGGCUGACCGCGAUGCUGCCGACAGAGCUGCCAGUGCCCAUACACCAUCGGGCACUUCGAUACAGAAUUUUGCUCCAAAGCCUGUUGAUCUGUCGAGCAUGACAUUGGAGAAGGAUAUGGUCGGUGCUGGAGAAAAAAUGGCGGAGCACUCCCACUUGAUCUGGGCGAAAAAGAUGUGGUCCGAGCUUAACACCAAUGGCGGAUUUUUACCCACAGCUCUUGUGCCAUGGGAUCUCUUGACAGACUUUGAACGUCGAAAAGACCGUUUCCGCGCAACUGAGAUCUUAAAAUUCUUACAAUAUCAUGGCUAUCAUGUGAUUAGUCCGCAAGUGGAGCAGAACUUGGAAAGAAAGAAUGAGGUAGAACGUUCGUCAGUAGAGAAAAGAUUUGCCUACAAUCUUUUGGAAAAACUCAUUCAAUACCUUGAACAAGCGAGUCUGAAGAUGAAGUCCAUCAAACCUAGUCAAGAGCUCACCAGAAGAAAUACGUUCAGAAAAGAAGGGCAGGACGUGAAAUUCUUCGAAAAAGUCGUUCUGCCUCUGAUGCAUGCCUACUUCAAUGCCCAUAAAAAUUACUUCCUAGAAGGGUCCAGCAUUGUACAGACGGGUACAGCCAGUAAUCGUGAGAAAGAGAUGGUUGCCAAUCUGUUCUGCCGUCUAGCCUCACUACUUCGAAUCAAAAAUCGUGCUUUCGGAAGCGUAGCGAAGAUUACGGUGAAAUGCCUGCAGGGACUUACGCAAGCGUUGGAUCUCAGAACUUUGGUCAAGGUUAACUCUGACAUUGUUCGUACGUCGCUGCUUACGUUCUUCAACAAUUGCGCUGAUGAUCUUUUCGCAGCAGUUAAAGAACUCAAGGAAAAUGGGCAAUACUCACUUAUUCGUGGGCAAAACCUGAGAUCGUGGAUUUCCCUAGAAUUUGCCCAUCAAAUGAUCAUCCCUGUACUUACGACAAUGUUUGGACAUCUUGCACGUAAUCACUUUGGAACAGAUCUUUUGUUGGAUGACAUCCAAGCGGCAUGUUACAAGAUCCUGGACUCGUUGUAUAUGGUUACUGGGUUAUCAUCUACUGCAGCACAGAGAAAAAGCAUUGGAUUUGAAACUGACAAGCAUCGUCCCGGACUUGGCCAAUGUCUUUCGGCGUUCGCCUCGUGCUUCCCCAUAGCCUUCCUUGAGCCUGAGUUCAACAAAAAUAACAAGUACUCAGUUUUGGCUAAAUCCCAGGAGCAGUCGGUGCAAGUGCAAGAAAUGCUGCAAAAUCUAUCUACUCAUAUCCCACACAUCGAAAAGUUGCUCUCGGAUAUUGAACAGGUUGCCAAUAAUGGAGUAAUGUACGCCGAACAACCGAACAUCUACGAUGUGGACCUACCCCUAAUGUGCUCAUACCUCGCUUAUUGGUUCAACGUCGGCCCGGAUAGUCGCAAAAACGAAAAGGGCGCCGAUGAAAAGGAACAUCGUCAAACGCUUCCGAUGACUUCGGUUAACGCUGACCAUCUGAACAGAAUCUUCUGCGCACUGUUGAGAAUGGUACGGAACCAUAUUGGUGUCGAGAAUGCGCCUUGGUUGUGCCGAACAAACUUCUUUGCUGUGCAAAUCAUUCAAAAUGUCACCUGCGAUCCUGUGAAGGAUUAUGUGCUCCCAAUUGCCGAACGACUUCGCAGAAUGAGUGAGAAAGCAUUCCGAGAAGAAGAACAUAUGCGAACGCAUCCGGACGAUGCCGAUGAAGGCACUGUAGCUGAGGACAACGCAAGGCUUGUGAGAGACACCUAUGCUUACUUCCCCAUCCUGAUGAAGUACACUGAUCUUCAUCGUGCACAAUGGUUGAAGGCUCCAUCUUGGGAAACCGAUGGCGUUUACGAAAAUGUUGCCGUUAUUUUCCGCAUAUGGAGUCAAAGCCAACAUUUCAAGCGAGAGGAGCUGAACUACAUGGCACAAUUCGAAGAAGACGCAUCUAUGGUUGGCGGAGAAGUGAAGACCGGCAAAGCGGCGAUUGCAGAAAGAAAGAAGAAGCGACGAGAAGGCCAGGUGAAGAAGGACAAGCAUGCGAACAGCAUCGUCAUAGCCUGUUUGAAGAGGCUAUUACCAGUUGGACUGAAUGUUUUCGGUGGAAGAGAACUAGACAUCGUUCAACAAUCAAAAGAGAGAUUCCUGCAGAAGGAGCCUGAGGAUAAAAUUCGAGAAUUCAUCAAAGGAUUACUCGAGAUUCCUAUAAAGACUGAUCCCACGGAUAAAAAUGCAUGGCAAUUGUCCCUGUAUCGAAAAAUUGGCAAAAGUCAGAUGAGAGGAAAGAACGAAAUGACACAAGAUGCGAUUAUAGAAAAGAUUUUCAAUAUGGGGCAAGUAUCCGCCAUAUUGCAUACGACGGAGCAUCCGCAACAGCAACUUUCACAAGCUUGGAAAAAAGUCGUCUCCACGCAGCGAAAACGUGCAGUGGUUGCGUGCUUCCGUAUGGUGCCAUUGUAUGGGAUACCAAGACAUCGUGGCAUCAACUUCUUUUUGCCAGCAUUCUCCCACUUAUGGCUACAAGAGGAAGAUGUGGGACAGGAUAAGCUGAUUGCGGAUCUGGUGGCCGGAACGGAAGAGGAAGACACACCUCGUAUUGAACUUGUGCUAGAAGAAGGUGUUCUGGUACAGGAGGAAAGUAAAGAGAAUGAGUGUCCUGAUCCACUGAAACAGUUGAUCUGUUGCUUCCAACGUGCUGCCACAAGUGAGGAGAGUCAAGCACAAACCAUUCACGACGACUCUUUGUACAUACGUUUCGCUGACGUUAUGGCUCAAUCUAUCCAUAUUGAGGAAGAGGACGACGAUGAAGAUGCGGAGAUAGAUCAGGCGGAGAAAGAAGAGCAAUCGCAAACCCUUCGUGCCGAACAAGGAGUUCUUGCCGAUCGUGGAGCAGCCAUCAUGUGUUUGAUGUACUUGUCGGCUAGCAAUGGUGAACCGAAUGAGAUGGUGGCAAAAACUCUUGAACUUGGCAUUCAUCUACUAUCUGGAGGAAAUGUGGAUAUCCAGCGGUUGUUGAUCGAGUAUCUCCAACUGAAGAAAGACGUUCGAUUCUUCACAUCAUUAGCUGGGCUGAUGAACAAAUGUUCAGUACUGAACCUAGAGAUGUUUGAGCGUCAGAUAAAGGCUGAAGGACUGGGAAUGGGAGCAGAACUGGCAUCUGGUGAUAAUCAAAAUCUCAACGAUGCCGAGUUCACCUGCUCGCUGUUCCGAUUCUUACAGCUGACCUGCGAGGGCCAUAACCUUGAUUUCCAAAACUAUCUUCGCACACAACCUGGGCAUACCACCAGUGUCAACCUUAUCAACUGCACUGUCGAUUACCUUCUAAGGCUACAGGAAUCUGUUAUGGACUUUUAUUGGCAUUAUUCUAGCAAGGAGGUAAUCGACGAAGGUGGUAAGGAAUAUUUCCUCAGAGCAAUCCAAGUCUGCAGUCAAGUGUUCAAUACCCUAACCGAAAGCAUUCAGGGACCAUGUGUCGGUAAUCAAAUGACGUUGGCGAAUUCCCGUUUGUGGGAUGCCAUCAAUGGUUUCUUCUUCCUGUUCGCUCAUAUGAUGGAAAAACUUUACCGAAAUUCUACCCAACUAGAACUUUUACGAGAGUUCCUCAACUUACAAAAGGAUAUGAUCGUGCUGAUGCUGUCUAUGCUGGAAGGAAACGUACUAAAUGGACCGAUUGGAAAACAAAUGGUGGACGCAUUGGUGGAAUCUCAACCGUCCGUAGAGAAAAUUUUGAAGUUUUCGGAUAUGUUCUUGAAACUGAAGGAUCUCACAACAUCGCAGGCGUUCCAGGACUUUGAUACAAAUCGCGAUGGAUGGAUCAGUCCAAAAGAGUUCCAGAGAGCCAUGGAGAGUCAGAAGAUGUAUACUGUUGAAGAUAUCACGUAUCUGAUGAUGUGCACCGAUGUGAACAACGAUGGAAAGGUGGAUUAUAUGGAGUUCACCGAAAGAUUCCAUAAUCCUGCUCGAGAAAUCGGUUUCAACUUGGCUGUGCUGCUGACGAACCUCAAAGAGCACAUCACUAACGAUCCUAGAUUGGAAAAAAUCAUUGAGAAGGCUCAAACAUUACUGGAAUACUUUGAUCCAUUUCUUGGAAGAAUUGAGAUUAUGGGUUCAAGCAAACGUGUCGAGAAAAUCUACUUCGAAAUCCAGGAGUCCUGGCUGGAACAAUGGGGCAAACAGCAGAUUCGCGACUCAAAGAAUUCUUUCCUUUUCAACGUGCUGCAGGAUGAUGGCGGUGAUCAAGGCAAACUUGAAGCUUUCAUCAAUUUCUGUGAAGACACGAUCUUUGAAAUGCAACAUGCGGCAGAAAUCUCUUCUGGUGAUAGUGAUUCAAAAGUAGAAAGAGCUUUGAAGCAGAGAGACUACUUCUUGCAGCAGACCAGCACGAGAGAGCAAAUCUCCGAAACAUUCAAAAGCGGCUAUCGCUAUGGACUUACAGCAGCUUCGGCAUUACGCCCUGAAAAUGUGAAACAGGCGAUAAAAAGUCUCAGCGCAAAAGCAAAACAAAUGACAUGGAUGCAGUUAAUAUGGGCAAUUCUUGUGCUCACAUACCACCUUGGAAAAGGACUGGGAUACUGUACUUACUUGCUGCUGAUGACAUUGUUCCGAUUCGCCUACUAUCUGACCACUCCAGAAAAGGAAGAUGACGGCCAUAAAGAUGAAGCAAAUGAUUUCCGAUUACGAUCGCCUUCAUACAAUCAACCGAUCUUACCGGAAUUCCAUCACACCCGAGUAGGAGUGGAUGCAUUUGGCUUGGCUGCGGAGCAACUACCGACGGGAAAUCAUGUGGCCCCUGAUAUACCGCAAAUCAUUACCGAGGAUACAGCCAGUUCGGAAGAGCCAACCACCACAUCUCCAACGAUGCCGGCUUCGCAUCCUCCAUCACCGCAUGGUAGCGUUCAUAAGGCAGCGAGUCUAUAUGAGUCCAUCGGAGCCCCGGCGUUGGCCGCUGCAGCCUCAGAAGCAGAUCUGACCGCUGGCGCCUCGUACGAGCCAAAGAUCGCUGAGCAAAAUAUUGGGCGCAGCAAAGGAUCAAUCUUGAACAUGCUUGCGAGAAAUUUCAGAGCUAUCGAGAAAACAACGCUGUACCUGGCUUUCUUCAUCAAUAUCAUCUUACUGUUCCAUAGAGUUGAUAUCAAGCAUGUGGAUGCUCAAGAGGGAGCGGAAGCAGAAGACGACGACGAUAGCACUGUUGAGACCAUAUACAUUAGUGGAAUGAUGAUACCUUAUAUAGACUAUGAAGUAACUGGAUGGGUCCUGUCACAGGUUUUGUAUUGGAUAAGCGUCUUGCAUGUUACGAUUUCUUUUGCCCUACUGGUGUCGUUCUAUCAACUGAAGAUUCCACUUAUCACUUUCAAACGUGAGAAAGAAGUGGCACGAAAAUUGAUGUUUGAUGGAUGUUGGAUCACUGAAGACGAUAACGAAGAAAGUGGAAUCGUUGAUACAUUGCUUUGGUACCUUGAUAGAAUUGUCAUCAGCUCUAAGUCCUUCCCGAUGACAUACUGGGACAAAUUCGUUAGGCGAAAGACCCGCCAGAAGUUCAAGGAUCAGGUGGAUGAGGAGACGCUUUCAUUGGUGCUUGGUGAGGAGAAGGCCGCUGGUGACACUAGCUUUGACUACAGGUACACGUGCUGGCUGUGGAUUGGCGUAAUCUUGACGAACGGACAGUUCCUCUACCGUGUGUUCUACAUGCUGUGCUCGGCUUUCGGAGUGUUCAUCUCGCCAUUCUUUUACGCCUUCCACUUGAUCGACGUCGUACUUUCUUUCCCUAUGUUAAAAGCUAUCCUGCAAUCUGUCACCCACAACUUGCAACAGCUGAUCCUUACCAUCAUGAUGACCUUGGUAGUGGUGUAUCUGUAUGCUGUACUGGCUUUCAAUUUCUUCCGCAAAUUUUACGUCCAAGAGGGUGAAGAUGGAGAGGAGCCGGAUAGGAAAUGCCAUAAUAUGCUUACAUGCUUCAUCUACCACUUCUACGCCGGUGUAAGAGCUGGUGGAGGUAUUGGUGACGAGUUGGAAGCACCAUAUGGUGAUGAACUAGAAUACCCAAGAAUGUUCUACGAUAUCUCAUUCUUCUUCUUCGUCAUUAUUAUUCUGCUAGCCAUCAUGCAAGGUUUGAUCAUCGACGCCUUCGGUGAACUUCGAGACCAGCAAGAAUCGGCUACGGAAAAGUUGGAAUCGUCGUGUUUCAUUUGCGACAUUGGCAAAGAAACAUUUGAUCGGUUGCCAAGAGGCUUUGAAAUACACGUGACAAAGGAGCACAACUUUGCUAACUACCUAUUUUUCCUACAACAUCUGGUGAACAAGGAUGACACCGAAUAUACGGGACAGGAGACCUACGUGAGAGAAAAAUAUGAUAACAGAGACUGGGACUUCUUCCCAGUAGGAGAAUGCUUCGUGAAACAAUACGAAGACCAACUAUUACAGUCAUAAUAUUUAUCAUGUGUAGAUUCAGAACAGAGCUUUUUGUGUACUUUUGCUUAUUUAGGAGUAUUAACGAGUGUAUGACAAAGUGCACAAAAGUUUAUUUUACAGGAUUCUAAGAGAAUCAUCCGAGAUUAGAAUUUGAGAUUCGAUGAGUGAUCAUUAGAUUAUAUGUAAGAAGAUCUAGCCGUAAAUGCUCAAUAAUACGCUCAUACUUGUGCACUUGCAGACGGACAAGCUUUAACUAUGACUCCAUUUUGUGCCUUCCCUUUGUGUACCUAUAUAGUUG